AUGGAUGAAAAUAAUCCUUAUAGAAAAGAGUUAAUGCAGAGAGCCUAUGUCAGAAUUGCAAGAUGGAUAUAUGAUACUGGAAUUACAUUUAAUGUAGUCAAUAAUGAAAGUUUUGCACCAAUGAUUGAAGUCAUAGGACAAUUUGGUCCAGGUUUGAAACCACCAAGUUACCACAUGAUACAGAUUCCUUAUCUCAAGAAAGAAGUGGAUCAUGUCCAUAAGUUGAUGAAGAAGCACAAAGAGGAUUGGGCAAAGUAUGGAUGUUCUAUAAUGUGUGAUGGGUGGACGGAUAGGAAGCAUAGAAUUUUGAUUAAUUUCUUGGUGAAUUGUCCUAGAGGAACCAUGUUUCUUGAGUCUAUUGAUGCAUCUAGUUACUCAAAGGAUGCAAACAAGAUUUUUAACUUGCUUGACAAGUUUGUUGACAAAAUUGGAGAAGCUAAUGUGGUCCAAAUUGUCACCGACAGUGCUGCAGCAAAUGUAUUGGCAGGGAAGUUUUUGGAGGCAAAGAGACCUCACUUGUAUUCGACACCUUGUGCAACCCAUUGCUUGGAUUUAAUGUUGGAAGACAUUUUCAAAUUACCCAAUUUUAAGAAGACAUUUGAAAGGGCAAUUGGGACUUUAUCAACAAAGGAACAACUUGGGGAAGAUGUUUACUUCGGAGUGGACCAAAAGCAAAUGGGCGAAGGAGCCGCAGGAAUGGUUGAUGGUGAAGAAAAGCCUCCAAUGGGAUAUAUUUACGAGGCUAUGGAUAGGGCUAAAAAAGCUAUUGCAAAUGCAUUCGAUGGAAAGGAAGAGAAGUAUAAAGAGAUCUUUGAAAUCAUUGAUCAAAGGUGGGACAUUCAAUUGCAUUGCCCUUUGCACGCUGCUGGGUUUUAUUUAAAUCUUAGUUUGUUUUACAAAGAUUCAAAUGUUGCAAAGGACAAAGAAAUCAUGACAGGCCUGUAUCAAUACAAAGAAGUACAAGGGUACCAGCUGAUUUGGUGGAUUUCUUUUAGUCAUGAAACUCCUGAUUUGCAAAAAUUUGCCAUCAAAGUACUUAGUCUUACUUGUAGUUCAUUUGGCUGUGAGAGAAAUUGGAGUGUGUUUGAACAUCUUCACAGCAAAAAAAGAAAUAGGCUGGCUCAAAAACGUCUAAAUGAUUUGGUGUUUGUGAAGUAUAAUAGAGCGUUGAAGCGUCGAUACAUGAAACGUGCCAAUAUUGAUCCCAUCUCUUUGAAAGAUAUUGAUGAGAGCAAUGAAUGGUUGAUUGGGAGGAUGGAGAAUGAGCUUGUGUUUGAUGAUGAUUCUUUGGAAUGGGAUGAUGUUGUUGUAGCUGCUAGAGUUGAGGAGAGUAACCAAAGAACUAGAUCAAGCACAACUAGGACAACACACCAACAACUUGUAGAUGAAGAAGAUGAAUGGGAAGAUGAAGAUGAGGCUGAAGAGGAGGAUGUGGAUGGAUACAAAUCCAAUGAUGAUGAUGAUGGAGGAGAUGAAGUUCUUCAUGUUGAUGAUGAUGUCUAUUAA